CUGCUCGGGCCGCCGUAGGAAGGGUGGCGCAGGGUGUUCUCCCGCCAAUUCAAAUCAGUGGCGUGGAACCUAAAAUGAGUAGGAGCGAUUGCGGGAGUCAGGAAGAAGUGCGAAACACUUAAGAAUCCUCCUUUAGUUUCUCCAGCUACGGGAAAGAGUCCUUCCUCUGAAGAACAGUCUCAGAAACAUGUGGAACAACAUUGAGCUGCUAACAAGUGAUGACACCGGAAGUGGAUAUCUCAAUGUCGGUUCAAGAAAAGAAAAUGUGACUGCAUUAUACCAAGCAGACUUGCUUGGGAAGAUCUCCUCUGAGAAGGCCUCACUGAGUCCAAAGAUACAAGCAUGCAGUUUAAGCGAUGGAUUUAUAAUUGUUGCAGACCAGUCAGUGAUAUUGCUUGAUAGUACAUGCAGAUCACUUCAGUUGUAUCUUAUAUUUGAUACUGACGUGGAUGUGGUUGGCCUCUGUCAAGAAGGAAAGUUUCUUUUGGUCGGGGAGAGAAGUGGCAACUUACAUCUUAUCUAUGUCACAUCAAAGCAAACACUAUUCACCAAAGCUUUUGUGGAGCAAGCUAAUGAUGAUCAGCGUACUUACCAGAAUCUCAUUAUUGAGAAAGACGGGUCAAAAGAAGGUACCUACUAUAUGUUGCUGUUAACAAACAGUGGAUUUUUUUAUAUCACAAACCUGCAGCUUUCACAAAUAGAACAAGCAAUUGAGAACACAGACUUGGAUUCAGCCAAGAAGUUACAAGGACAGUUCAAAUGUAGUUUUAUUUCUACUGAAAAUUACCACAGUCUUGGUUGUCUCAGUCUCGUGGCUGGAGAAUUUGCAAGUGAAAGUCCUGUGAUAAUUGGGGGGACUGGUAGUUGUGCAAUCUCAAAAUGGGAACCACAUCCUAUCAAGAAAGAAAUGUCCCUUAGGAACUUUGUGGACACGGAGAUUAUUAAAGGAGCAAAGUCAUUUCAGCUGAUCGACAACCUGCUUUUUGUGCUUGAUACGGAUAGCGUGCUGAGCUUAUGGGACGCCUACACACUCACUCCUGUGUGGAACUGGCCUUCUCUUCGCAUAGAGCAGUUUCUUCUCGUGACAGAAGCCGAUUCUCCCUCAUCAGUUACCUGGCAAGGGAUUACAAAUCUCAAAUUAGUUGCCCUGACAUCUACAUUGAAGGAGAAGAUGAGAAACCUUGUCAUUUAUUCUUUACCUGCGAUGGAAAUACUAUAUUCUUUGGAAGUAUCCAGUGUUUCUUCCUUAGUUCAAACAGGAAUUAGCACGGAUACUAUAUACCUUCUGGAAGGAAUUCACAAAAAUGAUCCUAACCUAUCUGAAGAUUCUGUCUCUGAUUUAGUACUUAGGUACCUUACGGAGGUGUUACCAGAAAACAGACUGAGCCGGUUACUUCACAAGCAUAGAUUUGCUGAAGCUGAGAGCUUUGCCAUUCAGUUUGGACUAGAUGUUGAGCUUGUUUAUAAGGUCAAAUCAAAUGAUAUAUUGGAGAAACUGGCCUUGAUUUCUGAGGACAACAGUGAGCAAACCAAAUGGCAGCAAGUGGUAGAUGAAGCUAAAGAAAAUCUAUGCAAAAUCCAGGAUGAUGACUUUGUGGUGAAUUUCUGCCUCAAGGCCCAGUGGAUAACCUAUGAAACAACACAGGAAAUGCUCAGUUAUGCCAAAACCAGGCUCAUGAAGAAAGAAGACAAAGCCCGGCCUGCCUGUUCGGAUGGCUUCAUGGAGGUACUAAAGGCUCAUGCAAAGUUAACUACAUUUUAUGGAGCAUUUGGACCAGAGAAAUUCAGUUCUAGCACUUGGAUUGAAUUCCUGAAUAAUGAAGAUGACCUCAGAGAUAUUUUUUUGCAGCUAAGGGAAGGAAAUCUCAUUUGUGCUCAGUAUCUUUGGCUUAGGCAUCGGGCUGACUUUGAGAGCAAGUUUGACGUGGAAAUGCUGGAGAACUUGCUAAACUCAAUUUCUACACAAGUCUGUCUGGAAGAACUUUGUUCAUGGUUUAAAAACGACGUGAUCCCGUUUGUGAGGAGGAUUGUACCUGAAGGACAAAACAUUCUUGCAAAAUGGUUGGAACAAGCAUCCAGGAACCUGGAGUUAACUGAUAAGGCAAACUGGCCGGAAAAUGGACUUCAGUUGGCAGAGGUGUUCUUCACAGCAGAAAAAACAGACAAAUUUGGAUUCACAUCCUCUUGGCACUGGAUUUCCUUGAAGGAUUAUCAAAACACAGAGGAAGUCCAACAGUUAAGGACACUGGUUCAUAAGUUGCAGGAGCUGAUCACCCUUCACAGGAAAUACAACUGCAGGCUGGCCCUCUCUGAGUUUGAGAAGGAAAAUACGACCACCAUAGUGUUCCGAAUGUUUGACAGGGUCUCAGCCCCGGAGCUGAUCCCCACUGUCUUAGAGAAAUUUGUGAGAGUUUACAUUCGGGAACAGAAUUUGCAGGAGGAGGAGCUUCUUUUGCUUUAUAUAGAGGAUUUACUGAGGAGGUGUAGCUCGAAAUCAGCGACACUGUUCGACACAGCCUGGGAAGCGAAGGCCAUGGCAGUGAUAGGAUGCUUGUCUGACACAGAUCUCAUCUUUGAUGCGGUGCUGAAGAUAAUGUACAAAGCAGUGGUUCCCUGGAGUGCAGCUGUGGAGCAGCUGGUCAAACAGCACCUGGAAAUGGACCACCCCAAAGUCAAGUUACUGCAGGAAAGUUACAAACUCAUGGAGAUGAAGAAACUUUUGCGAGGCUAUGGAAUAAGAGAGGUGAAUCUCUUGAACAAGGAAAUAAUGAGGGUAGUCCGAUACAUUCUCAAGCAAGACAUUCCUACUUCUUUAGAAGAUGCUCUGAAGGUGGCCCGAGGAUACAGGGUGUCCGAUGACGAAAUCUACAGUCUAAGAAUCAUUGAUCUGAUUGACAGAGAACAGGGGGAAGAUUGUCUCCUGCUACUGAGGUCCCUGCCUCCCGUUGAAGCUGAGAAGACUGCAGAAAGAGUCAUCACCUGGGCUCGACUGGCCUUGCAAGAAGAGCCAGACGGUUCUGAAGAGGACAAGGCCUGGAGAAUAUCUGUGGCGAAGACAUCGGUGGAUAUUCUCAAAAUCCUGUGUGAUAUUCAGAAAGACAGUCCCCAGAAGGAUGAAUCUGAAGAAUUCCUGAAGCAAUUUAAAGUGGUUGCUAGUUUACAGGAAAGUUUUGAGGUCUUCCUUCCGUUUAAAGAUUACAGCAGCUGUGCCCUGGUAACCAGCCUUCGAGAACAGUAUAUUAAGGCCCAUGAAGGUGCACUGGCCCAGCACAAACUCAAGGGAUCCCAGGGGCCCACCCUGGCCAGUGGGACAAACUUGAGCAUCAAGUCAAAGCUGCACAGACAGGCACUGGCCCUGCAGGUGUCUACACAAGAGCUGGAGGCAGAGCUGGCCUUGAGAGCCUUACAGGACGGGAAUGUGGGAGCAGCCCUGAGCAAAUGCAGAGACUUACUUCAGCAUCACUGCAAUGCUCACACAGGAAGACUGCUGUUUCUGGUGUGUCAGAAGCUCUGUCAGAUGUUGGCCAACGAUGUCCCAAUGGCAGUACCAGCAGGACUAAAUCUUCCCUCUGAGAUCCAUGAUCUCGCAAGCCAAGCUGCCACCAUCUGCAGUCCAGAUUUUUUGCUGGAUGCUUUAGAACUAAGUAAAUACACUUUAACUGCUGUGGAGCUUUCCAGACAGUGCCAGAUGGAUGACCGUGGAAUCCUGAUGAAAGCCGCUUUUGGAACCCACAAGGAUCCAUGUGAAGAGUGGUCCUAUAGUGACUUCUUCAGUGAAGACGGCAUCGUCCUGGAGCCCCAGGUGGUGCUGCCAGUCAUCUAUGAGUUGAUCUCGUCCGUGGUGCCCCUUGCAGGAAGCAAAAGAUAUCCCCUGGAUUCUAUAAGUUUGCCAUACUGUUCCACCAGUGAAGGAGAUAACCUUAUUCUCCCCAUUGUAACUUCCAUCUCUGCCCUGCUCCGGAGCCUUCAGGAAUCCAGCCAGUGGGAGCUGGCCCUAAGGUUCGUGGUCAGCUCCUUUGGUACCUGCCUGCAGCACUCCAUGUCAAAUGUCAUGAGUAUCAGUUUGAGUGAAAAGUUACUUGGCGAGACCACAUUGGCAAACUCCAGGCAUACCGUUACGGAAUUGAAAGAAAAGUCCGUCAUGUUUAUCAGAGGAAACGCUAUGACGCUCCUGCAUAAAGUGUUUAAUUGUCGCCUGGUGGACCUGGACCUGGCCUUGGCUUACUGCACUCUGUUACCGAAAAAGGACGUGUUUGAAAACCUCUGGAAGCUCAUAGAUAAAGCGUGGCAGAAUUAUGACAAAAUUCUGGCAUUGUCUUUGGUGGGCUCUCAGCUGGCAAAUCUCUAUCAGGAUAUUGAAAUAGGACUUCGGUUCCAUGAACUCAGUAUCGAUGCCCAGUGGGGUAUUCGUCUUGGUAAACUUGGGAUUUCUUUUCAGCUUGCAUUCAGGCAAAAUUUCCUCAGCAAGAAAGACCUUAUCAAAGCUCUUGUUAAUAACAUAGAUAUGGACACAAGCCUUAUUCUGGAAUAUUGCAGCACGUUCCAGCUGGACUGUGACGCAGCCCUUCAGCUCUUCAUCGAAACCCUGCUCCACAACACAAACAGCCAGAGCCAGGGAGGCUCCAGCCUGGAGUCCGCGCAAAACCAUUCCAAGCUCCUGGCGAAAGCCACUGAGUUGGUCCCUUUGCUGACCAGCACCAAGGAUUUGGUGAUCAGUCUUAGUGAGAUCCUUUAUAAGCUGGACCCGUAUGAUUACGAAAUGAUUGAAGUUGUCCUGAAAGUUAUAGAACAAGCCAAUGAGAAGAUAACCAGUGUGAACAUCAGUCAGGCUCUGAAUCUUCUGAGACACUUGAAGUCAUACAGAAGAAUCUCCCCGCCAGUGGACCUCGAAUACCAGUACAUGCUGGAGCAUGUGAUAACUCUGCCUCCAGCUGCUCAAACUAGGCUGCCCUUUCACCUAAUACUAUUUGGCACAGCACAGAACUUCUGGAAAAUUCUUUCCUCAGAGCUCAGUGAAGAGUCACUUCCAACCCUGCUCUUAAUCGCUAAGUUAAUGAAGUUCUCCCUAGAUACUCUCUACGUGUCUACAGCCAAACACGUUUUUGAGAAAAGUCUGAAGCCAAAGCUUCUGAAGUCAGCACAAGCCGGGCCCUCAGCGCAGAUGAGCAAGGAAGUGGACAAGCUCACGCAGACCAUCCAAUCGUACCUCCUGUCCAUCGUCAACCCGGAGUGGGCCGUCGCCAUCGCCAUCAGUCUCACUCAGGAAAUCCCAGAAAGCCCCUUCAAGAUGGCUAGUUUGAAAUUCUGCCUGUAUUUAGCUGAGAGAUGGUUACAAAACAUCCCAUCUCAGGAUGUGGCAUGUGAGAAGGCGCAGGCUUUGCUGAAGAAGCUUUAUCUCCAGUUCCGACGCUCGGGUACUGAAGCUGUGCUCAUAGGCCACAAGUUGAACCUUCCAGACUAUUUAAGAGUGGUAGGCAAGCCGGCACACCUCAUCGUGAGCCUCUACGAACAUCCCAGCAUAAGCGAAAGAUUUCAUACGACGUCUGGCAGAGAUUAUCCUGAUAUUCACGCAGCAGCUAAAGAAAUAGCCGAAAUCAAUGAGAUUAAUUUGGAGAAAAUCUGGGACAUGUUGUUGGAAAAAUGGUUGUGCCCCGCAACAGUGCCCAGCGAGAAAGAAUCAGAGUUGUUUGAGCUUGAAGAGGAUGAAACCCUGCACAGAGUCGUAUAUCUCCUCCAGGCUCGUCCGAUUGAUUAUAGCUCGAGAAUGCUGUUUGUAUUUGCCACCUCGGCUACCAGUACGCUGAGCUCGCGCCAGUUAACAUUUGCCCACAGAACACGAGCUCUUCAGUGUCUCCUCUGUUUGGCUGACAAGGAAACCAUAGAAUCUCUCUUCAAAAAGCCCACUGAAGAGAUGAAAUCCUAUCUGAAAUGUAUAACUUUCCUGGCAUCAUUUGAAACAUUGAAUAUUCCCAUCACGUAUGAAUUAUUCUGCAACAGUCCCAAAGAAGGGAUGAUUAAGGGCUUGUGGAAGAACCACAGUCAUGAACCUAUGGCAGUACGAUUAGUGACAGAGCUUUGCCUAGAAUAUAAAAUCUACGACCUGCAGCUUUGGAAUGGACUCUUGCAGAAGCUUCUGGGCUUCAGCAUGAUUCCUUACCUAAGGAAGGUUUUAUCCUCCAUUUCUAGUGUCCUUUCAUUAUGGCAGGUUCCCUACUUCACCAAGGCCUGGCAGCGUGUGAUCCAGAUCCCUCUGCUCUCAGCCUCCUGUCCUCUGAGACCCAGUCAGUUAUCAGAUUGCUGUGAGAGCCUGGUCGCCGUCCUUGAAUGUCCAGUUUCAGAUGACCUCGACCUGAUGGGAGUCGCCAAGCAGUAUGUCCAGUUAGAGCUUCCAGCUUUUGCCCUGGCCUGUCUAAUGCUCAUGCCCCACUCUGAAAAAAGGCACCAGCAGAUCAAGACUUUCCUGGAUUCAUGUGAUGCUCAGGUCAUUUUACAGCAAUUAGAAGAACACAUGAACACUGGCCAGCUAGCAGGCUUUUCACAUCAAAUUAGAAGCCUGAUUCUGAAUCAUGUCAUAAAUAAGAAGGAAUUCGGGAUUUUGGCAAAGACAAAGUAUUUUCAGUUAUUGAAAUGGCACAUGAUAAACACCAGCAACAUCACUGAAUUGGUGAACUAUCUGGCAAAUGACGUAAGUUUAAAUGAAGCGUCAACUUUGAUAACCGAGUAUUCGAAGCACUGUGGAAAACCUGUACCACCAGAUGCAGCUCCCGGUGAAAUUCUGAAGACGUUUCUUGGUGGAUCAUAGUAAGUCAAACAGUAUUUCAAGGAGAAGAAGCUUGGAGCCUGCCACUAACUAAUCAUAUUUAUUGCAAUUUAUAAAUUGUGCAAUCUAUAGCUCAUCCUGCAAGGAAUAACUAAGACACUCAAUAUUAACAUACCUGUGAUACAAGUGUCUCACAUGCUGAGUUAAUAAAUAUUUUUAUAUUGGUUCCUUGUGUAAUUUGUAUGUUUUUUGGUUUUGCUUGGUUGGUUGGUUUUGGUAUUUUGCACUGUACAUGAAGGAAACAAAAUGCAAAAA